AUGUCUGAGGAAGGUGAAUAUAAACCAAAAGAGAAUUUUGAAAACUACAUAAAAUAUUAUUAUUGUCGUGAAUACAGGCGUACAUAUCCGGGUAUUCAUCAAGAUCUUCAUGAUCAAAUACAAACAUGGUUUUUACAAUCUGUGGAAAAGAAAUCAAUUAAUACAAAAUACAACACGACUACGACAACAUACUUUAUUGAAGAAAAUGAAAAGUGUGUAAACGAAAUAAAUCGGUUUAAAUUAAUGAAGAAAUCUCGAAUAAGCGACCCAUCGAGAAUAUUAACCAAUAAAGAAGAAGUUCAAAUGAUGAUGUCAAUUGAUGUUUGUAAUAUUCGAAAAUUUGGCGAAUUGACUAGUGAAAAGAAGAUCACAUCUGGUACAGCCUCAAUUUUAUCUACAUCGGCAGAAGACACAGUAAAAACACAAAAGUUGACUACAGAAAUGAAUUCAGUGCAGGCAAAUCUAAAGAGUAUUCCAGAAGCACACCGAGGAGACACAUCUUCUCAAAAAGUUGCUACUCAUAUACCAAAAAUGAAUCAUAUUGUUUAUGCUCAAGGCAGCUCAUCUUCUGAAGCACGUGCCAAGUUACAAUGUGAAUUUAACAGACAUUUAUUGUCAAGAACAAGUUAUAGUCGAUCAUCCGGGUAA